UUUUUUAGUUCACAUGAUUACACAAAAGACCUAAUUUGGCAGAGGGGACGUGCAUGAAUGGCCAAAGAGGAACCCACUAGAUGUCGGUGCUCACCCUGAAAAAGCUGAGGUUGAUUUCCAAAGUGGUCCAACCAUGUCUGUCAUAACUGCACCGCAGGCAGCAAUACAAUUAGAGCCAGAGCACAUUUGUGAAGCAUCGAGGCAGGACGGGUGCUUCCCGCGCCAACUGUCGGAGCUCUGCAACAGCGGAAGAAGGAGAGAACAAUCGAGGAGCGAGAAAAUGAGAUCUACGCCAGACAAGCAAGCAAUGAGCCCCAUCGGCAAGUUCAAGGCGAACUUGGUGUGGUUUUGGAAGCUCCUUCCUCAUGUCAUGCUGUGCGUGUCUCUGGUCGGCUACGCGGCGCUGGGCGCGCUUUUGUUCCAAUACAUUGAAGGGAGAGCACCCCCUGCCAAACAGGAAUACCAUGGCUUCUUGGGACACAUUAUUCGGCAUGUCCAGAAUCUCACCAAUAACUCAUCGUACACCCACCAAAACAUAGUGGACGAAGUGGAGCAUAAAAUGAACGAUGGCUUUAAGACCAUAUGGCUCCAACAACCUGACAGCUGGACCUUCUUUGGCUCCAUGUUCUUCGUGUGCACAGUCUUCACGACUGUUGGGUAUGGGGCCAUCUAUCCAGUCACCCUACCUGGUAAGGUGUCGUGUGUCUUGUACGCUAUGGUGGGCAUUCCGCUCAUGCUUUUAGUCAUGCUUGAUAUUGGAGAUUUCCUUGCUAAGCUGCUGACCAAAGCAUAUGUUCAUGCUCACGCCUUCCUCGAAGUCCUGCACUCACACAGUUGGUCCAAGCUCAGGGCUCACAAGAACGCAAGGCAGUCGAACCAUCGGACAUUGGAGGAUGGUACCACUGUUUUCAGCCAUGAUAUUGCGCUUCACGAACGACUCACCAUUCGGAAAGCGUUGCAAAGUCAUGUGAAUGUGAAGUCCAAUUCCAUGCAGUUCCAAAAAAAUCGAGAAAUCUUUGAGAAGAUUCUUGCCAAAGAGAAGCUCCAGCGAAAGGGACCCCUGCUCAGGAGCCUAUCCUGCCCAGAACUGAAUCGAAUGCCGCCAUUGCCCAAAGGAUUUGCCAUUUGGGACUUGACAGAAAUAGGAGAUACGAUGGAAACGCUAAAUGUACCAUUUGUGCUUAUUCUUUUCAUCGUGUUUACUUACAUUUUUCUUGGAGGUUUGAUUCUGCCAGUGUGGGAGACAGAAAUGAAGGGAUUUGACCCUUACUACUUCUGUUUUAUCACACUCACCACUAUUGGGUUUGGAGACAUUGUCCCUCAUCAUCCCAAUUUUUUCAUGCUUACUUCACUCUUCACCAUUUCUGGCAUGGCCAUCAUGUCCAUGGCAUUUAAACUGAGCCAGACACGGCUUGUAAACUUCUACCGCCACUGCAUUAAGUCCAUAAGCAUCGGAAACGGUAAUGAAGAUAAGAACAACCUCGCAAGGGUUCGCUGAUGUUUAAAAGGAUCACACUAUCUGGAAGUACCAGAGUCUGCUUUGGGAUGCCAAUUUAUUUAGAAGCAUGAGCAAAGUGAAAAAAAAAACCCCGAAAAGUAUGCAUGUAUCACGAUGGGGCAUACAGCAAGUACCCAAUGUGAUAUUCAAGGGCCUCUUGACACAGUAUCUGACAUGUUUUGUGCGUUUGCCUGCCGGUGACGAGGUUCUGUUUCCACAAUCCUUUUGGCGGGCUGGUGGGCGGAGCUUUCCCUGAAGCAACUGGUAGCAUUUGCCUCGUAUGGUAUUUAGAUGUGGCUUCAGCGGAAAGAAUUUGCCCCAGUAUUGCCUUACUGGCUGCUUUGCUUGUUGCUAUAGCUCUUGUUUAGUCUUGCUCGUUACUUGUUGGAUAUCAUCUCAUACUUAUAGUUUGCUUUUGGUAUUAGUACGUAUGUACUUGUGUUAUUUUUCACUGUCAUGUCGGUAAGAGUUCAUUUUUUUGUAUUUAAGCCUGUACCUUCCGCCCACUGCAGCUCCAUCCACUUUUGUUUUGUAUUUGCAUUUCUUUUUUUAACCGUCAUUGUUUUUCAUUUUCGUUACUUAGAUUGUUCUGCUUUUCACUCUUUUGGUUAAAUACAACCCGUGUAAUUGUUGCCCCUUUGUCUCUGUAGUGAUCUAUCCUUUGAUCAUUUGCCAAUUCUAACAGAAUACUCCGGCCAAUGACCUCACAAAUGCUAAACAAUUACAUAAGGAUCUGUCUAGCUCAUGAGUCAGUACAACCCCCCGAUUCACAAAUUCAUGGAUGCUGCAACUUUGUUGGAUUUGCAAGUUGAGGCUUCAGGCUAUGGCGAUAAGCAACUGCUGUCCAGACAUUCUUCCUUGCCCACGUUUAUUGUAGAGGUGUGGCAGUUUUUGAUCACCCGAAUAAAGGCAAGUAAUCAGUCAGCUUCUUGAGUUUUCACCAGAGAAGCCUUCAGUAGCUGAAUACUCCAAUUUGUUCAUUUGAUAACACAGCUCUUUGGAGCAACUUUCAGCCAGGAUUAAAUCCAGAAAUAAAAGUUGAACUGAUUGCUUGAGAUGAUACUUGAGGAGCUGAUAAAUGUCACUAUUUGUUUCGACACUAACUGUUUUUGUGAAUAUGAAUGGGAUCAAUCAGUGGAUUUACUGAGUGCAUCUUCAGAAGCAUGUAUGACUGUCCUAUACUCCUGUGAUCAACCCUGGACCCCAUCACCUUCACGUCUUCGUACCCGAGUCGGCCUUCAAUGACAGUGGAGGAAGCCUUUCCAGCUCGGCAGAGGACGGCUUACCACAGCAGAAUGCACAAGGCUGAGGAGGUCACGACCUUGUCACUAUCGCAUAUGUCUGGAUCAUCACAGACAAUGAGAACCAUGACUCCUAUGGCUACCAACGAUAUAAUGUCACAAUCAUCCCUGCAUUACGCCACUAAUCACUGGUGGAUGCUUCAGAUUCAGGAGUCGGUGCUAUUCUGUCCCAGCGCACUGCCUUCAACCAGAAGCUUCAUCCGUGCACCUUAUUUCAUUGCCUGGUGGGUUGGCAGUCCUCAGGAACAAUGAAGUUGUUAGUUUCCAUUCUUCAUAACACUGUAAUAUUGCAUACCUUCUGGCAGCCAUGGCACCUCAUUGUACCAAAAUAGCAAAUCAUCAAUGCUGAGAAUCAUUGAAUGAGGAGUAAGUGUCCAUUUUAGGCUAUUUUAUAGUAUGUCCUUCAAAGGGGUUGAAAGACUGCAUAAUUGUUUGAAUUGGUCGCAACUCUGCCUCAGUUAAACAUGUUUUGAAAAACAAAAUAAGUGCAAGAAAUGAAGUACGGUAUGUACUUGUAACCAGAGGUGGGUAAUUUUCAAAAAUUUGUCAGUCCGUCAUUCAUCAUCCGUCAGUGGCCUGGGCACCCAUCCGUCAUAGUCAGUCCGUCAUAUUUAUUU